AUGGAGCCAAAUGCGGUCCCGAGUCCUGCGCCAUCGCCAGGCGACUUGAUUCUACAGCAAAGAGCCGAGGCUCUCCAACCAAAAGGCGAUGGAUCCCUCUUGUCACAGCUAACCAGCAAUCCCUUGUUCACAGCGGGCUUUGGCCUCGCGGGUCUAGGAGCUGGGUUGACUUUCGCACAAAAAGGCGUCCGACAUGGCGCAGCUCUUCUCCGCAGACGCAUGCUCGUGGAUGUGGAGAUCAGCAUCAAGGAUGAUUCAUAUCCGUGGUUCUUGCACUGGAUGACACUGUACCAGCAGUCACAGCUCUCUGCAUCCAGGGCUGCCGCGAACAGUACCGGCUACAUGGACCGAUUCCUCCAGAGGCUCACCCCCGGCAUGCGCCACCUCUCGAUCCAGACGCAGAAGCUCGAACACUCGAACGGAGCAAUCCAUACACACUUCUCACUAGUUCCCGGUCCAGGAAAACACGUACUACGAUACAAGAACGCGUUUAUCUUCGUUAAUCGUAUGCGCGAAUCCAAAUCUCGCGACAUCCAGACCGGAAAGCCAUGGGAGACCAUUACCCUGACCACCCUCUACUCUCAACGCCACAUCUUCGAAGAUCUUUUCACCGAGGCCCAUGCCUAUGCCGCCAAGUCACAUGAAGGCAAGACCACAAUCUAUAACAGUUGGGGAACUGAAUGGAAGCCGUUUGGAAACCCCCGUCGGAAGCGUCCAUUGGAGUCCGUGAUCCUGCAGGAGGGGGUGAAAGAACGUAUCGUGGAAGAUGUGAAUGAUUUCAUCGAAAGCUCUUCGUGGUAUCACGAUCGUGGCAUUCCGUAUCGACGAGGAUAUCUCUUGUACGGCCCUCCUGGAACAGGCAAGAGUUCAUUCAUCCAGGCGCUAGCGGGUGAGUUAGACUAUGAUAUUGCCAUUCUCAACUUGAGCGAGCGGGGUUUGACAGAUGACCGGCUCAAUCAUCUGCUCACUAUCGUUCCUAAUCGCACACUUGUCUUGCUGGAAGACGUGGACGCGGCAUUCUCGAACCGCCGUGAACAAAGUGAUGCCGAUGGGUACCGAGGCGCUAACGUGACUUUCUCGGGUCUGCUUAAUUCCUUGGAUGGUGUCGCGAGCGCCGAAGAGAGAAUUAUUUUCCUGACCACCAACCACGUCGAACGCCUUGAUGAGGCCUUGGUCCGACCCGGCCGUGUUGAUAUGACUGUCCGCUUGGGAGAAGUCACUCGCUACCAGGUUGGAUGUCUCUGGGAUCGAUUCUACGCAGAUAUCGAUACCGACGGGCAGUAUCGCGCGGUAUUCUUGAACCGACUCGAAGAGCUUGGCUUGAUCGAAGAUGAGGCUGGAAACAAGGCUGAUCCUUCUUUGAACGCCAGUGCUGCAGCCCUGCAGGGAUUGUUCCUAUACAACAAGGGAAAUAUGGAGGGUGCGAUCACCAUGGCCGAAGGCCUCACCUAUAGUGCACACACCGAGGCAUUGGGCCAGGAUCCCGGGAAAGGAAACUAG